AACACCGGGCGGAUUCUGGUUCUUUCUCCCACCUUCCAUCUCGCUUCUCCGCUUCCCUUAUAACUUGGCCAAUCCGUUUUCCAUUUCCCCAUCAACAGUCACUCGAUCAAACGCCAAGACAACAACAGCAAUCUCUCUCUCUCUCUCGAGGAUCCAUUGCAGAAGCAGAAACCAAUUUCAGAGCAACAGAUAGAAGAAAAGGAAAAGUCGUAGAGAAAUGGAUGUGCUGAUGGCGGAGCAACCGCUUGUAUCGACGCUCAACCAGCUGCUGAGCGUCCCGGAAGAGAUGGAGAAGCUGCUGAACGCGCCCACCCGCAGCUACGUGCGCGACACCAAGGCCAUGGCCUCCACGCCUGCCGACAUCAAGGAGUAUCCUUCCUCCUACGUCUUCGUCCUCGACAUGCCCGGGGUCAAGUCCGGCGAAAUCAAUGUCCAGAUCGAGGAGGGGAAUGUCCUCAGCAUCAGCGGCGAGAGGAAGAGGGAGGAGCAAGAGGAACAACACAAGGAGAAGGAAAAGGAGGAGGCGGAGGUGAAGUACUUGAGGAUGGAACGCAGGGUGGGAAAGCUCAUGAGGAAAUUUAACCUGCCCAAGAACGCCAAUGUCGAUGCCAUCUCUGCCGAGUAUCGGGACGGCGUGCUCACCGUGGCGGUGCAGAAAUUGCCGCCUCCUGAGCCCAAGAAGCCCAAGACCAUCGAAAUUAAGGUGGCUUGAAAAAUGGUGCCCCGCUGUGGUUUCUGUUUGUGUUCUGUUUUCUGGCCUUGAUAAACUAGUUGUGUUGCCUGGUCGUGUCAUGCCUCUUUGUCUCCUUUUUCAUCUUGUUCGUUUCCUUUCCUUAAGGAAUUGAGAUGGGAGUCCAUCUGUAAUGACAUCUUCUGAAUGUAAAAUGAUUUCUUACUAUAAAUGCAGUGAAUGUGC